UCUUUACCAAGUUGUUCCAAUUUACCAUUUCACUUGCUCUGCUCAUCCAUGCCUUACUCACACAGAUAACAUUAUUUCAUUAUUUGUAACAAGUUAUUUACGUAAUAUAAUAUAUAGUCUCCUUAUCCAACUCAUACCACAUCAUCUUCCCCUAAAAUAAAAAGAAAGCUUUUCAGGUAUCUGUCCCCGUGUAACAUCAACCGACAAAAUUCUGAUAAUUAUACGUAGUUAUCGGUUGUAAUGUGUUUGCGAGCGAACGAUAAUAGACUUUAAAUGUUUAAUAUCCAACGGUUAAUUAAUAAAUUAUAACAUUUUGGUAAAAACGAUUACAAUUAUUCCGUAGAGCAUUAUCUCGAGGAUAUAACCAAUCUAUGGAUGUACCUUUGUUAUACAUAUAUAUGACCUUCCUAUAUGCUUCCUAUUCAAAGUAAAUCCUCAGAGGUCAAAUUAUCAGUGCUAAACAAUCAAAGUAAUUUAAAGUAACAGUAAGGUGAAGGACAUAGUAAAAGUACUCAAUUCGUUAAAAAAGGACCAGUAGGUUGGCUGUGUAGGAACUCAUCUUUUAAAGCUGAUCCCAAAUUUAUUUACUAAAAUGGGCCGAAAAUUUGUUGUUGGUGGCAACUGGAAAAUGAACGGUGAUAAAAAACAAAUCCUAGAAAUCUUACAAAAUCUAAAAAUUAGUACUGAUACUGAAGUUAUACUUGGUGUCCCAGCUCUUUACAUUGAGUAUGUAAUUUCAAAUUUACCUCCUAAUGUGCAAGUUGCAGCUCAGAAUUGUUAUAAAGUACCAAACGGAGCAUUUACAGGAGAAAUUUCUCCAGCUAUGAUAAAAGACGUUGGUGCAAAAUGGGUGAUAUUGGGUCAUUCAGAAAGAAGAAAUAUUUUCAAUGAGACAGACGUUUUAGUAGCAGAAAAAGUUGCACACGCUUUAGAAUCAGGCUUAAAAGUAAUUGCUUGUAUUGGAGAAAAACUUGAAGAAAGAGAGGCAGGAAAAACAGAAGAAGUUGUUUUUAGGCAAACAAAAGCCAUUGUUGAGAAAAUUAAACCUAAAGAUUGGUCUAAUGUGGUAUUGGCUUAUGAACCGGUGUGGGCUAUAGGAACAGGAAAAACUGCUACCCCUGCUCAAGCUCAGGAAGUUCACCAAGCUCUUAGGAAGUGGUUAAAGGAAACUGUAAGCCCUGAAGUAGCAGAAAGUACAAGAAUUCAAUAUGGUGGAUCAGUAACUGGUGCCAAUGCCAAGGAACUGGCAGCUCAACCUGACAUAGAUGGAUUUUUAGUUGGUGGAGCUUCAUUGAAACCUGAAUUUGCAAUUAUCAUUAAUGCAAAGCAAUAAU